AUGCAACGAAGUAUUGGUGUCUGCUUUUGUUGGUCAGAUUUGGAGAAGAGGCGUAAAGCUAUUGACCUCUAUGUUCAGCGCCAAUUGGAAGUUGUUGAUGGAAUUCCUAAAAAGGUAUUUUAUGAAUGUGGUGCGACUCCAACAAAUUGCAAAUAUAACGUUACUGCUGUAAGAAAUGAGGCUACUGGGCAUUUUGAAUUAUUUGAGAUGGGCGAACAUUCUCAUCCGAUCCGUGCAAAUAUUUCUAGUGGUAUUCUUGUCGAUCAAACCAAUCCAAUUUGUCCACAGCCACUUACUCAAAAUGUAAUUUCUACAAUUAAUUCUACCGAACCCUCAACUGAGGAACCACAAAAAGUUGGAACUAAAGAAAAACCAACAACAAAGGAACCAAAGAAGGAAAAACAAGUUGCAGCAACUUCUAAGCGUAAAUCUUCGCCUAAACCGAAGAGGUCUAUGCCACCCAAGAAACUUGCAAAGUUGACGGAAGAUGACACUAAAAGGCGUGAUUCAUCAAGUGAAAGCAUCAAAUCAGAAAUGACUUCAACAACCAACAGUUCUAGUAUUGGAUGGAAUUCAAAACGUAAGAUGCUUCCGCGUGCUGCAAAGAUGAACAUUAUUAAUUCUGAAAAGCGGACAUCAUUAAAUCUUCUCAUGUCGCCAUGUGAACCUAUGACAAGAUCGCGUGCUCGAACUUUAUUGGAUAAAAGUAAUUCUGCUAAACCUGUGCAUGUUCCCAAAAAAAUUUUGUCGGUUCCCAAACUUUCUGUUGAGAACAAAUCAAAGUCUGCAUUAAAUAGAGGAAUGAAGCGUUGUGUGGUCUAUUCAUCUUCCUCCUCUUCUGAAAAAAGUCUUCCUAAAAAUGAGCCAGAAGUGGAUGUUCUUAGUUCUUCCUCGGAAGAUUCAACUUCUAAUUUCACGGCCAAAAAUGAUUUUCCAUCAUCUUUUCGUUCAAAAAAGUGUGGAAUUCUUUGGAAUCGAAUUGCUACAGUUUUUGGUGAUGAUGCGUUAACGAAAUUUCAACAAAUUAAUCAUAUGCGUUCCUACAAACGUUUAAUUUGGAAGUGUAAUUUGGAGCCACGAAGCAAUGAAUAUCGAAAUAAUUGUCAAUAUAUGUAA